AUGAAAGCCAUAGCCGUUGGAUUAAUAGUUCUAUUAGGCGUUAGCGCUCAACUUCCACCAUCAGAAAAUGGUAACCUUUUAGGUUAUUUUUUAUUUUUAUGAUAACUAAACUUUAAAAAACUUCAAUUUUUAUCUCCCUCCUAAUUACUUAAAGGAUCCUCCACUUUCUAGCCUAAAAUCAUCCGCCCCACACUAGGCAUAUUCCAUCCUUUUAUGACAGUAACCCUUUCUACUAAAUAUAGUUCAAAUAAAUCUGCGUCCUAUCUCAAAGCAAAUUUCCAAAGUUAAAGAGCGCAGAAUUUUUUGAACAGUCUAAUAAAACAUUUUUAUUAACAGUCACAGCCUAGUCUAAUAGUAUCCCUUUCUAAAUUCAUACCUAAAAUUUUAGCGAUUGACUUUGAUUCCCUCGACUCAAACAAAGACAAUCAGAUUUCCUUCGCCGAAUUCUCGAAAUGGUACUCGGCCAACAAGGAAUCCAAACCAGAAGCCGAGCUCCGUCGUCUCUUCCAGAACUACGACACUGAUAACGACUCUCAUCUUCACAUCCAAGAGUUUGUGCCAUUGGCUUAUCAACUGAGCAGAACUCCGAAGAAAGAGGUCGACAACCUUUUCUCACAUCUAGAUACAGAUAAGAAUGGCAUCUUGACUCGUGCUGAAUUGAAGAACUCGAAGGAAAACCUUGGCCCAGAGAUCAUUGAAGGAUUGUUCUUGGUGGCUGACACCAAUGGAGAUGGUCAGAUCACUCACCAAGAGUUCGGCACCAUUCAAGGAGCUUUCGGACAAACUCCAUCAAGCAGGGUAGGUUAAUAUGUUAACAUAACUGUUUUACUCUGUAAAAUAAUAAAUUUAUUGUAAUAUAAACCACAAUUUUAAUAUAAUAUCUCCAUUAGCUAAUGCAUUAGACUUACAACGUCAAUUUAGAAGUCUGAAAACGUUGGAAUCGCCAGAGCUUUGAUUGAUAACAUGGACACAAACAAAGACAAGAAGCUGAGUCCACAAGAGGUUCACACCUUCGUCAGUCAGUUCAACAAGGUCAGUCCAAAGACUGUGGCCACAGCCUUUGCUCGUCUCGACUCCAAUCACGAUGGUCAGUUGACUUUGGCCGAAUUGGAAGUUCUUCCUCAAACCAUCACGGACCUGGCCGGCUUCAAACAACCCAAAACUUGGUAG